AUGACACGGACGUACCAGGCGUUCACGGUGUUCGUGAUCGAUGUGCGGGAGGAGAAGCGGGCACUGUACCAGGAGUGCGCGAGGUUCUCGGGGACCUUUCUCUCUGACAAGGCGAUGUUCAGAUGUAACGGGGGGCUGGAGACGCCGUGGCAAAUCGUCUACAUCAGGGACGACCGGCAGACGCAGGAGCACCUGGGGCUCUGCGAGGUCCAGGUCUUCGCCACUCGAGGUCUGUUACCUUCCGGGGAAGGAAUGGUGGUAACGUUUUAUUUCUCGGAGCCGUUGCUGAAGCGAACGAUGUGA